CAGACGUAAAGGCCUCCCGAUCGCGACGCCACGUCAGCUCACUCCACUGCGUGCGCACGCAUGUAUCGGUGUAUAUAUCGUCGUCCACAUCCUUCCCACUUGAUCCGGUGAAAGCGAAGCCAUGGGAGAGAAAGUGGAAGAAUUGGAGUACCAAUCGGGAUUCGGGAACCACUUCUCGUCGGAGGCGAUCGCCGGAGCACUGCCGCAUGGACAGAACAGCCCUCUGGUUUGUCCGUACGGCCUCUAUGCCGAGCAGAUCUCCGGCACCUCCUUCACUUCCCCUAGGAAGCUCAAUCAGAGAAGUUGGUUGUAUAGGAUCAAACCAUCAGUGACACAUGAACCAUUUAAGCCACGAGUCCCGGCUCAUGAGAAGCUUGUGAGUGAAUUCGACGGGUCGAAUAGUCGAACGAAUCCGACUCAGUUGCGGUGGAGGCCUGUAGAUAUUCCGGAUUCACCAACUGACUUCGUUGAUGGGUUAUUCACCAUUUGUGGAGCUGGGAGCUCGUUUCUUCGUCAUGGCUUCGCCAUUCACAUGUAUGCUGCUAACAAAGGAAUGGAAGAUUGCGCCUUGUGCAAUGCAGAUGGUGACUUCUUGCUAGUUCCCCAGUCAGGAAGGUUAUGGAUCGAAACAGAGUGUGGAAGACUAUUGGUCAGUCCUGGUGAAAUCGCCGUUAUACCUCAAGGAUUCCGUUUUUCCAUAGGUCUACCAGAUGGAAAGUCCCGUGGUUAUGUCGCUGAGGUCUUUGGAACUCAUUUUCAGCUCCCUGAUCUUGGGCCAAUAGGUGCCAAUGGUCUUGCUGCUGCGAGAGAUUUUCUUGCACCAACAGCAUGGUUUGAAGAUGGACUCAGACCUUCAUACACUAUUAUUCAGAAGUUCGGCGGUGAACUUUUUACUGCAAAGCAAGAUUUCUCUCCGUUUAACGUGGUUGCUUGGCAUGGAAAUUACGUGCCUUAUAAGUAUGGUCUACAGAAGUUCUGCCCUUAUAAUACUGUCCUGAUAGAUCAUGGGGAUCCAUCAAUAAACACAGUUCUUACAGCACCAACAGAUAAACCCGGGGUUGCAUUGCUCGAUUUUGUCAUUUUUCCUCCCCGAUGGUUGGUUGCGGAACAUACAUUUCGUCCGCCUUAUUAUCAUCGUAAUUGCAUGAGUGAGUUUAUGGGCUUAAUCUAUGGUUCAUACGAGGCAAAAGUUGGAGGCUUUGUCCCUGGCGGUGCAAGUCUUCACAACUGCAUGACACCACAUGGUCCGGACACGACAACAUACGAGGCUACAAUUGCUCGAGCAAACGAGAUGGUUCCUUCUAAGAUAACCGAUACAAUGGCGUUCAUGUUCGAGUCAUCGUUGAUCCCCAGAGUCUGCAACUGGGCGCUCGAGUCGCCGGUCCUGGACCAUGACUAUUACCAAUGCUGGAUCGGCCUCAAGUCCCAUUUCUCACGCCUAGGCAUCGAUGAUGAGGUAACCGAUGACGGUGUACACAAACAGGGGAAAGCACUGUGAGUGUGGAACACAAGUCUUUUGUCUGAAUCUUGUUUUAUACAUAAUGUUGAUGCAAUAAUUUGUUUGUGUAUAUAUGGAUAGAUAGUGAUGUACUUUGUAAGAGGCUUACCUGUAAGAAUAUAUGCAAUAAAGAGGUAACCCAUCCAAAAGUAACAUA